AUGAGGAAGCGGAAGAACGCCGACGGCGAUGUCUACGGCGGCGCGUCAGCUAACGGCGGAGAUGAUCGGAGCUCGUUUAGCUUUUCUUCAAAAACAGCUCGAAGACGAUCUCCGAUGCGGAUAUUCCUGCUCUGCCUCGCGUUUCGCGUGGUAAAUGCGUUGUUGAUUCAAACUUAUUUCAAUCCCGACGAACAUUGGCAAUCCCUUGAAGUAGCUCACCGCAACGUCUUCGGAUAUGGUUACUUGACAUGGGAAUGGAAGAGAGGGAUAAGAAGCUAUUUGCAUCCCAUGACAUUCGCAUUCUUGUACAAAGUUCUCCAACUCACAGGCCUUGAUACUCCCUACGUUAUGAGCAAAGCUCCACGUCUCAUGCAAUCCAUAUUUUCAGCUGUUGGUGAUCUCUAUUUGUAUAAACUCUCAGAUGCUCUGUACGGUGAAAAUGUUGCAAGAUGGUCCCUCUUUUGUGAAAUGGCAAACUGGUUCACAUUCUUCUGUUUGAAUCGUACUUUUUCAAACUGUUUGGAGACUGUGCUUACCAUCAUAAGCCUGUACUACUGGCCUUGUAUCAGAGAUUCUUCAAAGGACUAUCCGGUGAACCGCAAAUGGGGUUUGGUCAUAGCAGCCUUAGCAUGUGCCAUAAGACCAACAAGUGCAAUCAUAUGGUUAUAUGUUGGGAUGCUUGAGCUAUUUUUGACGCCUAACAAGAUCAAGUUCAUAAUCCUAGAGGUGAUCCCCAUUGGGUCCUUGGUCCUUGGUUUCACCUGUUGGUUGGACCGUGUGAUGUACGGCUCAUGGGUCAUUGUGCCUCUCAAUUUUCUCAAGUUCAAUUUCCUUUCGUCCGGUGGAGACUAUUACGGAACUCACCCAUGGCACUGGUACUUCUCCCAAGGAUUUCUUGUCAUGCUUUUCACCUUUACACCAUUCUCCAUUGCUGGAAUCAUCAAGUCUAAGAAUCAGAAGCUCUCAGCUCUUAUUCUUUGGGUUUUAGCUAUAUACAGCAUACUCGGCCACAAGGAAUUCAGGUUUGUGCUGCCUGUGCUACCCGUAGCUUUGAUGUUCUCUGGGUAUGCAUUUGCUCAAAUGGAAUCAUCUGAUUCACCAUCAUCAUCAGUCACUAAAAAGAAGCAAGUCCCUCGAAAGAAACAUAUCAUCAAGUGGUCUUCUAAACUGAGUCUUUCAGUCUUAUUUUUGCUUGUGACCAAUAUCCCAAUGGCACUAUACAUGAGUUUAUUCCAUCAGAGAGGAACGGAGGAUGCGAUGAACUACUUAUCAGAAGAAGCAAACAAAGGGAGAGUGAAGAGCAUUCUCUUUCUCAUGCCAUGUCAUUCUACUCCAUACUAUUCCACUCUCCAUAUUAACAUUCCAAUGCAGUUUCUUGACUGCACGCCAAGCGAAGAGAAGGGAAAACUUGAUGAGUCAGACAAGUUCUUGAUGGACCCUUUAGGUUUCGCAUCAGAGUUAGCUAAAAAUUGGUCAGAGCCGCCUAGUCACAUUGUAUUGUUUGCAUCAGAGGAAACUAAAGUCGGAGAUUUCAUGAUCCAACAUUCCUUUAAAGAGGUCAAAAGAUUCUUCCACGCGCAUUUCAAGGUUGAUCGAGAUCUUCAGUCCUCAGUGGCCGUCUACGCUAUAAAAGACUGA